AUGCAACAACUAUAAAAUUGUCUGCUUGAUAAAGACAUGAUUCUACAAAGUGAUGGUACUCUAUAUAUCGGUUCUUUUAAUCAACAACAUCUUGAAGGUUAUAGUUUGGUAAUCAACCCAGAUGGAUGUAAUUUUGAGUUUAAUAAUUAGCAUACUAUUAUGGAUAUUUUAAGAGAUCAAAACCUAAAGAUGUAGGUGUUUAUAAACUGAAAAACUCAUGUUUAAAGAUAAUGUGGGGAGAUGAUGAUACAAUAAAGAACGUAGAAGAUAUUGAAAAUGUUGGCUUCAUACAAAAAAUUAUUCCAUUUAAGAAUAAUUGUUACGGCAAUAAAUUACUCAUCAGAAUCAAUCCAUUAAGUUAUGGAAUGGCUAAGAACUAAAAAUAUGAUGGAUUUACAGUUAUGCAUUAUAAAAACGGGGAUAUUUACUAUGGGAAUGUGUAUAAAGGAAAAUAGAAUGGAGAAGGCAUUCAUUUUAAUAAUUAUUUAUAAGAAUGGCAUUGGAACAAAUAUUCUCAUGGAAAAUUAAUUUCACAUUAACUUUAUGGUAAAAAUCUUGUACCUAGAGAAUUGAUUAGUAAGAUUUUAUAAUUAAUUAGGCAAACUAUUUAAUAAAUUAAAUUUUAAGCCUUCCUAAAUAAGCAUGGUCUCUCUAUCCAAUAUACAAUAAUUAAUAAUAAAUUAAUUACUAAUCAAUAGUGAAUAAAAUCAUUUAUCUUUGGCAUCUACUAUUUAAAGUGCUCAUCCUGCUCAUCGAGAUAAUCUCUCAUAAAUUUUGAUUGAUUCAGAGGAUAUUAAUCAAAAUGAUGAAUUGGAAAUAUUACAAGAUUCAUAAAUUAUAUCCAAUGAUUAAGAACUACAAAUUUAUAAUCAAAAUGAUUAAUAAGAAGAAAUAGAAGCAAAAUUAUCAAAAUGUUAAACAGAAGAGGCUUUAUUAAAAAUUGAGAAACAACGAUAAAAUAAAUUUUUAACAUAGCCUUCUCAAUCAAAAUCUCCUAAAAAUAAUAAAUAAUAACAUACUCCAUUAAAUAAAAUGUUAUCAGCACCAAAAAUUACUAUAUUUAAAAGGUCAGUUUCACCAGUUUUUACAACUAUUCGUCAUUUGUUUUCAGUAAUCAGAAUUUGAUUUGAUAAUAUNCAUGAUUCUACAAAGUGAUGGUACUCUAUAUAUCGGUUCUUUUAAUCAACAACAUCUUGAAGGUUAUAGUUUGGUAAUCAACCCAGAUGGAUGUAAUUUUGAGUUUAAUAAUUAGCAUACUAUUAUGGAUAUUUUAAGAGAUCAAAACCUAAAGAUGUAGGUGUUUAUAAACUGAAAAACUCAUGUUUAAAGAUAAUGUGGGGAGAUGAUGAUACAAUAAAGAACGUAGAAGAUAUUGAAAAUGUUGGCUUCAUACAAAAAAUUAUUCCAUUUAAGAAUAAUUGUUACGGCAAUAAAUUACUCAUCAGAAUCAAUCCAUUAAGUUAUGGAAUGGCUAAGAACUAAAAAUAUGAUGGAUUUACAGUUAUGCAUUAUAAAAACGGGGAUAUUUACUAUGGGAAUGUGUAUAAAGGAAAAUAGAAUGGAGAAGGCAUUCAUUUUAAUAAUUAUUUAUAAGAAUGGCAUUGGAACAAAUAUUCUCAUGGAAAAUUAAUUUCACAUUAACUUUAUGGUAAAAAUCUUGUACCUAGAGAAUUGAUUAGUAAGAUUUUAUAAUUAAUUAGGCAAACUAUUUAAUAAAUUAAAUUUUAAGCCUUCCUAAAUAAGCAUGGUCUCUCUAUCCAAUAUACAAUAAUUAAUAAUAAAUUAAUUACUAAUCAAUAGUGAAUAAAAUCAUUUAUCUUUGGCAUCUACUAUUUAAAGUGCUCAUCCUGCUCAUCGAGAUAAUCUCUCAUAAAUUUUGAUUGAUUCAGAGGAUAUUAAUCAAAAUGAUGAAUUGGAAAUAUUACAAGAUUCAUAAAUUAUAUCCAAUGAUUAAGAACUACAAAUUUAUAAUCAAAAUGAUUAAUAAGAAGAAAUAGAAGCAAAAUUAUCAAAAUGUUAAACAGAAGAGGCUUUAUUAAAAAUUGAGAAACAACGAUAAAAUAAAUUUUUAACAUAGCCUUCUCAAUCAAAAUCUCCUAAAAAUAAUAAAUAAUAACAUACUCCAUUAAAUAAAAUGUUAUCAGCACCAAAAAUUACUAUAUUUAAAAGGUCAGUUUCACCAGUUUUUACAACUAUUCGUCAUUUGUUUUCAGUAAUCAGAAUUUGA